CCCCCUUUCUUCCCCAAAUCCCCACCAAUUGCCUUCUCAAAAAGCAGUUCUUCAUACCCUUCUAUCCUCCUCCUUCCCCCUCUUGUUCCCCAAACCACCAUGGUUUUGUCUAAAACCGCCUCCGAGUCGGACGUUUCCGUCCACUCCACCUUUGCUUCCCGAUAUGUCCGUUCGUCUCUCCCUAGGUUCAGGAUGCCGGAAAACUCGAUACCGAAGGAGGCGGCGUACCAGAUCAUAAACGACGAGCUGAUGCUUGAUGGGAACCCGAGGCUGAAUCUGGCGUCGUUCGUGACGACGUGGAUGGAGCCAGAGUGCGACCGACUGAUGAUGCAGGCCAUCAACAAGAAUUACGUCGACAUGGACGAGUAUCCUGUCACCACCGAACUCCAGAACCGGUGCGUGAACAUGAUUGCGCAUCUUUUCAACGCGCCGCUCGGCGAGUCAGAGACGGCGGUGGGCGUGGGGACGGUGGGGUCGUCGGAGGCGAUCAUGCUGGCGGGACUGGCGUUCAAGAGGAAGUGGCAGAUCAAGAGGAGAGCGGAAGGGAAGCCAACGGACAAGCCCAACAUCGUGACGGGGGCGAACGUGCAGGUGUGUUGGGAGAAGUUCGCCCGCUACUUCGAGGUGGAGCUGAAGGAGGUGAAGCUGAGGGAGGGCUACUACGUCAUGGACCCCCUCAAGGCCGUCGAGAUGGUGGACGAGAACACCAUCUGCGUCGCUGCCAUCCUCGGUUCCACUCUCAACGGGGAGUUCGAAGACGUCAAGCUCCUCAACGACCUCCUCACCCAGAAGAACAAAGAAACCGGGUGGGACACGCCCAUCCAUGUGGACGCAGCCAGCGGCGGCUUCAUCGCUCCUUUCAUCUACCCGGACCUCGUGUGGGACUUCAGGUUGCCGUUGGUCAAGAGCAUCAACGUCAGUGGACACAAGUACGGGCUCGUCUACGCGGGCAUCGGCUGGGUCAUCUGGCGCAGCAAGGAGGACCUCCCCGACGAGCUCAUCUUCCACAUUAACUACCUGGGUGCCGACCAGCCCACCUUCACCCUCAACUUCUCCAAGGGAUCGAGUCAGGUGAUUGCUCAGUACUACCAGCUCAUUCGUCUUGGUUUUGAGGGCUACAAGAACGUCAUGGAGAACUGCAGGGAGAACAUGCUGGUGCUGAAGGAAGGGUUGGAGAAGACGGACCGCUUCAACAUCGUGUCCAAGGACAACGGGGUGCCGCUGGUGGCUUUCUCCCUCAAGGACCAUAGCCGGCACGACGAGUUCGAGGUGUCUGACUAUCUCCGCCGCUUCGGCUGGAUCGUGCCCGCGUACACGAUGGCGCCCGACGCCCAGCACGUGACGGUCCUGCGAGUGGUCAUCCGCGAGGACUUCAGCCGCACGCUGGCGGAGCGCCUUGUCCUGGACAUCCAGAAGACGCUCCAGGCUCUGGACGCUCUCCCCCCGUCCAAGGUCUCCGAGGAGAAGUGCCAGAACGGCACCAUCGUCAAGAAGACGGAGCUGGAGACCCAACGCGAGGUCACCAGGAUCUGGAAGAUGUACGUCCAGCAGCGCAAGACUGGCGUUUGCUAGUGCGUGGACGCUGCCCUUCAGCAUUCCCCCAUCGGUCCCCUUCCUGCCUCUGUUGUUGAAUUAGGUGUCCUUUUUCUUCUUUUUUCUUGGGGUUUUGGUUACGGGAGAUAAUAUCGUAUUUUAUACACUAAAGGUUGGAGCAUCAUUUAUAAUAGUGUAUUGUAUGUCGUUCUUUUUUACUUCUUCUUUGUUUGGGGGGAGUACGUAAACCUUUUUGGGUCUUUAUGUUGUAACCAAUGCUUGUAGUAGGUUGUUCAUAGGAUUCGGACCCAACAUCUAUUAAGAUUAAAACCUCUGCCAGAUGUUUAUCCUC